AUGACCUCGCCGACAAGGUUACCUCACGAUCUCGCCAAUGGCCGACACGGCAUCACGAUAGACUGUCUUCCAUCACACGCACACCUGCUCAAUACGCCAGUCCAAUCUACCUUCGAGUGUCAAGCAGACGGGAUAGCCCCCGGAAUGAGCCAGCCUCCCCCGCCUCCGCCCCAUGGCGAGGUACCGAAAUCCUCGGGCUUGCCGCCCGGGAAAUACGAUAUCUUUGUGAUACCACAGCACUCGGCCGGCUCGGGGUUUCUCUAUCUGCCUUCCCUUCAGCCCAACAUCAAUAGCUUUGCUGCAGGGUUUGCUAGCGCCUUAAUAAUGGUGGCCAUGUUUCAGAGUAUGGCCCCUGCCUUCCAAACGUGGUGGAGUGGUUUCCAGGGUAUGGGAAACAUGGGAAUGGCCAUGUUGAUGGUUGCCAUCGGUGUUGGGGCCUGGGCCUUGGGCAGAACGCAACAAGACCAGCCAGCCCCUCCCCGGCCGGAGCCCACCGGCCCUGGCAACAUGGGAGGUGGUAGCUCGUCUGGAGGUUACCACGGCGCAGCGCCGAACCCGGGGCCGCAGCCAAAUCCCGGCCCUCCUCCGCCUCCCCCACCUCAUAGCGAGCCUCCUCCUAAUCCGGGCCCGCCGCCCGGCCCAACUCCCGGCGCUGAACGACCCAAAUCUUCCUGGCAGAGAACCCAGUCGGGACCUCCACCAAAAGCUGGGCCGUCGAAGCCAGACAACUCCAAGGGGUCCUGGGAGAAGGCUCGAGAAGAAACGAGGCGGCGUGAAGAGGAACGAAAAGCCAAGGAAGAAGAACAGAAGCGCAAAGACGACGCUGCCAAAAAGCUUCGAGAGCAGCGUGAAAGGGAGGCCAAGGAACGAGAGCGGCGGGAGAGGGAAGCCCGUGAACGUAGAGAGAGGCUCGAAGCUGAACGGCGGGAGAGAAUGGAGGCUGAAAGACGCGAAAAGGAAUUGCGGGAGAAGCUUGAGCAGGAGCGCCUGGUGAGGAAAAGCUGCAAAGGGAAAAGAAGAACGCGAUCGUAUAGAUAG